AUGAAAUUCUUCAUUACCUCUUUGAUUCUUACCCUCUCCCUCUUGGUGCCAUCUAUAACAGCGCUUGAACCAGGAGAUGUCCCAGUCAAUGUCGCUGUCCGUAGGGUAGAUGGUGAAUUACGCCAUUUCUACGAGGAAGACGAGAUCGAAUUUUACAGAAAACGAGAUGAGAUUGGAGAUGCUGAACUUGCCAAACGACAAGAUCCAGAGAGUGAUUUAUACCCCGUGUCCAAUGAUGGUUCAGGAGUCAAAGCUUUCUCUGGCGCAGGCGCCGCAUGA